AGCUCCACUACCAUGUGUAGAUGGACAGUGACACAAGGUGCACCGGUCGCCUGGUUCUCCACCUGCCCCUGCUACAGACCUCCUUCACUCCUCCUCUCCAUCACCUUCCUCCUCCUGCUGCUCCUGCUCGGACCCUCCUCGUCCUCACCCCUGUCCCCUUUAUCGCCAUCAUCAGACUCUGAAAAGGACCACAAUGCACCAGCGCGAGGGACUCCUCCUCAUGUCUUCCUCUCGCACCCAACGCCCGCACCGCUGCACGCAUCCUCUGCGAGGUUGCCACGGGCGACCAAUGUGUCAUCGUCCUCUGCGACGGUCGUCGGGCGCCACGUGCGGAGCAGCUACAACCAUCUGCAAGGAGAUGUGCGCAGGAGGAAACUGUUCUCCUUCCAGAAAUUCUUCCUUCGCAUUGACAAGAAAGGAAAAGUUAAUGGCACCAAAACUGAGGACGAUCCGUACAGUAUCCUGGAGAUCAAGUCAGUGGAUGUGGGAGUCGUGGCCAUCAGGGGCCUCAGCAGUAACUACUACCUGGCAAUCAGCAAGAAAGGAGAGCUAUACGGAGCGAGAGACUUUGGUCCGGACUGCCGCCUGAUUGAACGCAUCGAGGAGAACAAAUACAACACCUACGCUUCAGCAGAGUGGCGCAAUAAAAGGAAGCACAUGUUUGUGGGACUGAACACCAACGGCAAGCCAAUGAAGGGGAAGAAGACACGGAGGAAAAACACUGCCACUCACUUCCUGCCCAUUGUGGUACAACCACGGUGACUGGACAUAUCAGCCAUGAGGGAGCUCUGCAUGCUGCAGGCUGUUGGACUUCUUUGGAGUUACAGCGAAAGCUACAUUGGACAGAUCUGAAUCAGAUCUGAAUGAUGCACUGAGGAGGAACAGAAUGGAAACCUAUGGACAUCUGUUGGAUAAAGACAUUUCUAUUUUUAAAGAAAGAAAUAAGAUAUAUUGCUAUACAAUGUAUAUAUUAUUUUCUGUUUUAAGUUAUCAAGUACAUUGGCACAGUAGAAAAUAUGAAAAGAAAUUACUUCUGUGCCAAAAUGUGAUUAUUAACUCACAUUUCUAGAUUUGUGUACAUGUGAAGCGCUUGACUAGAGAGAAAUUAAAUGACAGAAUAAGUAAGAGAGGAAAAGGAAAAGACAAGAGGAGGUGGUUUUUAUAGAAAGCUGACUGAUGGAAAAGAAAAAGAAAAGCAGAAAAUGAAAACAGAUGAGACAGCGUUAGAGUCAAGAGGCACCAACACAACAGCAAGUCCAACACUAUUACGUUUUUUUCUUUAAAUUUAUUUAUUUUGUGUAAUAUUUAACAAAAAAAGAACAAAAACACAAAAAGGACAAAUUAUUGUCUUUUUUACCAUUUAUGCUUCUCUUUUUGAAUACUAAUCAUUUAAACCUGAAUAAAUAUUUUAAAAACA